CGCGCUCUACACCCGCGCUACGCCGCUUAGACUCUGCUACGCGGCUCGCAGCUACGAAAUGUUGACGUGCACUGUAGUGCUCUUGGCACUGUUUGCCUCAGCCCAAGGACGAGCGGUAAACAUCAGCAACACAUGGGUCUUGCCUGAAGAAGGAUUCCCUGUAUUCUACCGCUACUUCAGGGACCGCAUUUCCUGGUACGAGGCUGAUGCCGUCUGCCAGUUCCAUCACGCAAACCUGGUUACAGUGGACACUACGGCUCAAUAUGAUGCGGUGCGAGCAUACCUCAAAGAGUUGGACAUAUCGAGCGCUGUUUGGGUGGGUCUUAUUCGCAGCAAUCCAGACGGAGACUUCACAUGGACCGACUAUCGCGGCCUGAGUGGCGAUGGUUACUGGAGCUCACCGCCUGACACUCGCGCUGCACCGCUCUGCGUCGCAGCAGAUCCUGCGGCUGAUUACCGCUGGGAAGCACUUGCUUGCGGAGGACCCACAGUCGCCUCCUUCAUUUGUGAACUGCCCGUGCCUCAAUGGGCCCUAGGAAAUGAAGGCUGCAUGGUUCGAGAGUUGCCUGCUCUCACCGUGCUAUAUCUCCCUGAAAGCGCAGCGGUUCAACUUACAGCCGACUGCGGACUAGCUGGUGUUAAACGCGUCCAGUGUACAGGAAAUAUGAAACGUGAAAACCUUUUAAAGGAUCUUUCGUGUGUGGAAGAAGACGAAUCGACUACUCCUCGGCUAUUAUCGACAAGUGCAUCAUGGCCAGUCGUAACGGAUAGUAAUUUCAAUAUUACCGACCAAGAUAGCCUUAAUGACACUACCACCGAAGAGGACAUUGUUACAGAACGAGAAACAGAUGUAACAAAAUCCAAAACCUCAACGAUAACUCCGUCACCUUACGUUCCACAUAUAAAGCAACAAACCAAAGUAAACGAACCGAGUUAUCCUUAUUCUCAAAAGAAUGUUAACAUUGAUUUACUGCAUACCAAUAAUCAACUUAGUAACGACAUUCCCAAACUUGCCAACAAUGAUAAAUAUUUAUCUAUUGAACAAUCACAAAAAUUAGAAGACGAAAAGCAUAUGCAUUAUAAAAUGUUACAUGAGGAGUUGGCCAGACUUGGCAACUUCGAGACAAUUUUCACGCAACCGACAGACCACUUCGUUCCGCCUCUUGUAAUGGCCAAAGCUAAAAUCAGCGACGAUAUGACAGUUUUAUCUUUGGCAGAAAAACAUGCUCAACAUAUUGCUGAACAACACGUAGCAAAGCAUAAUUUUCUUGAUGGACAUAGCAGUCCUACGUUGGAUGGUGUAAAUAACAAUACUCCCAAAAUUACAAUAGAUGAACAAACAAAAAUAGAAAUAAUAGAUAAGCCCCUAGUGAUUCCUAUACAGUCUAUAAAAACUAAAGAAGUAGUCAACAAAGAUAAAAUCAAGAACAUGUUACCCAAAAAAUACAAUGAAAAAUAUGAUGAUCCAAAAAAUAAAAAUUUCAAGAUAGACGGUAAGCUGUAUAAACUGGAAAAAGCGUUGGAAACUGUAACUUCAAAUUUCAAAGCAACAGCAGCGACUACUGCGGAAAUACUAACCAUUCAUAAAGACACUUUGGCAGAUGAUCUGUCUAUUGAUCUGCAAGUUAUUUUGAAAGAACCAACCACAGAAACCUAUGACAAAGGGUCGCAAUCUGAUAAAUCUAAAUUCGAGCAAGAAGUAAACUUCACUAGUACAGAGAAACCCAACACUAUAUCAUCAGCGCAAAAAAAUAUAGCUGCUGACGAAAGCCAGACGACAAACAAUAGAGCUUUUGUUUUCCACAACUUUUCUAACAUUAACAGGCUAAACGAGACUUAUGUUACUCAGGUGCAAACUACUGAAAAAACAUCAACUUCCAUUACAGCCAAACCUCAAACGGAAAGUGUAACAAUGAAUCAUGAAGUAAUAAAAAUCACGUUAUUAAGCGACAACGUUCACACAGGACCAACCGAAACUGUAUUUGAAAUUACCACGAGAAUGCCUGAGUUUAAAGAAACAGUAAGUGUGAUUAACGUGGACGAUCCAGCCAUCACAGUCCCAACAAUAGAUCAUGACAAUUUAACGGAUGCCAAAGAUGUUGUUACUACUACUUCUAACCCCAUCACCUACACAUUUGAAGACAAUGCAACUACUCUUCAUACAAAAGAAAACAUACAACCUGAAAUAAUUUCAUCUACAAUGUUAACAAAAACAGAACAUUCAAUCUCAACAAUGACUUUACCACCAGAAGUAAAAAAUAAAGCAAUACAAUACAGCACAGAACAGCCUAACACAACGGCUAGUCCUCAGCAUUAUUCUGACACCGACAAGACGUCAAUGUUAAACAUAACAGAUGUGACUGAAGAUCUUGACAAUGAUUCCACUGAAAGCCUUGAAGAAAUAGACGACUCUAAUUCUCCUUUGCUCUCGGCUGCAAAUCAGCCACUGCACCGACCGAACAGAUCACGGAGACCACAGACACCAAGUCGUAUAAUUAAAAAGUUCAACCCAUUUCGUAUGUUAGGUUAGGAAUCUCACGUGCUUUUAAUGAGUAGUUUGACUGCCACAAGGAAUUCUAAUAAUGACUGAUCAAGUUCUAUAACAUCUAUUGAAUUAGAAUUCAUGGAUCCUCGUAGUUAUUUGUAUUGUGAUGGCACGGUGCACUUAGCGAUUCCAAUUUGUUUAUAUAUGUAAUGUAAUAAUGCAAUGCAGAAAUGAUAGUAGCGGUGUCUAUUUUCGCACAUCCUAGGUUUAAAUCACAUUGUAAUUAGGUAUUGAUUUUAAAUUUUGGCUUCUUCUACUUAAGGGUCGAAACACAAAACCGCGAAGCGUGUAUCGCAGAAAUCUACGUGCUCGCACAUUCCUGCGAUGUGAAUCUUCUUUGUGUUUUGUACCUAAACUUGCUUAUCAAUAACAGUACUUCAACACUCUUUUUACGAUCUAUGUCGCUACCUAGCUUAAAAAAUACAUUCAGUACGGUUAAUGAUCGUCGAAGGAAUGGUUACUCGAACCGUGGCAGUGAGAUGCCUUGCCGCACGAAAUCGCAUCGCAGCAAUUCGCGUCGCAGUUUUCUGCGUUGGGAAUUCGUUUUAUGUUUCGAUCCUAAUUCAGAAGUUAAUAUUGCAUAGUAGAAUAGAAAAAAAUAGAAUAAAUAUUAGUCAAUUCUGAUUCAAAUGUAGCAUAGCUAUAUCCCCAUAAUUUCACUAGAUCGUUCAGAGUAUGUAUAACACAAACAGAUCGUGUUUGCCAAAAUCAUUAAGCAUGUGGCAGUGUUAGGAGUGUAGAUAGAGGUAAUUAUGGCACGUCCUAUUGUAGGUAACAUUUAUUAUAUCAUACUCAAAAACCAAAUUGGAGUGAAAAAAAUUCACUUACCAUAUCAUUGUAGGUUAAGACUAUUAUGUUAAAUUAAACUUAUUUUUGUGAGAUUUAAAAUUUUUGAAAGUACUGUGCACAAGUGAAUUAUAAAUGAAUGCAAAGGAUGACACGUACACCUACAAUGAUACAAUGACAUCGCGCUGCUAACUUAAUUAUUACCUACACUCUGGCUACAGGUAAUUUCUAGUAUCAGAUACCUACGUGCUUUCAAUUAACAUGUAUGAGUAAAGAUACAAGAGAUACAUACGGGAAGUUGUGUAGAUAUUAUCCUUUGUAUUAAUAUUUUAUUUAUCAUUUACUGUACGUA